ACGCCCAGUGGGCAGGAUCUGACUGCCAUCAGAGAAGAAACUAUUCGAAUUCAGUCAAUUCCCUGAUGUAGCAACAGGCUGCAUAGUUGCAAACAUUGCCUUAAGGGGCUUGCAGACUACUUUCUGAUCUCUCCUUCUAGUGCAUUGAAGACGAUACCUCAAGGAGGAGGUGUGAAGAAGGAAUGAUCGAUGGGUAUUUAUUAUAGAUGGCAUGCUGAUCACACUAUAGAUCUACCUAAUUCUGAGACACUACAGCAGAGACUUUAACUGCAAGAGGAACGUUUUGUUAGCGGUGGGACAGGUGCUGUAAGGUGAGGAAGGAGCUGGAUCGUUUGGACUUUUGGAUUUUAGUUGAAGAAGACCUUGGAUAUUGUAGUUGGCUGUAGAAGGUGUCACACAUAGUGACAUUGUUCUGCCUGUGGGGCUUGACCAAGCUGAUGCAGACUAAUCUCUAAAGAGGGAAGUCCUUUAAAGAAAGUUCCCCUACCUGCAACUGGUUCCUGGUGAGAAGAGAGAUGAGUGACAGUAGUGAAGAGAUCUCUUUUUCAGUCCCUGUGUCACCAAUGCCAGUGCCGGAGUGCUCUAUGUAUGAAGACAAAAUGGAACACAGGUUUCAAGGGGUAGCAGCAAGCAGUUGUGCAAGUGGGGGCAGGAGACUCCCUGCAGCUGGUAGUUUCUGGCAUGAAGAUUACAUUCAUGGUGCUCAUGGGGGAGGAGCGGCUCCUUCCAGAUGUGCCAAGGGUUUCCCCCAGACUGGCACCAGCAGUGGCAAUACCCGUACCAUUACUGUGGUUUAUGUGAUCAAUGAAUGCAGUUCAGAACUGCAAGCCUGUGAAAAUGCUGCUCUGCACAGCCUGCAGGAGGCGUGCGAGAGCCAAGGGGCAGCACUGGAGGCUUUGCACUUUGGAAAACUGGACUUUGGAGAGACUGCAGUUCUUGAUCGCUUCUACAAUGCAGAUAUUGCGGUUGUAGAAAUGACUGAUGCCUUCAGACAGCCUUCGCUGUUCUACCAUCUGGGCGUGAGGGAAAGCUUUAGCAUGGCCAACAAUAUAAUCCUCUACUGUGAUACCAACACUGAAUCCCUCCAGUCUUUAAAGGAAAUCAUCUGCCAAAAGAAUAAUAUGUGCACUGCUAACUACACGUUUGUACCUUAUAUGAUUACUCCACACAAUAAGGUUUUCUCCUGUGAGAGUACUUUCAUGAAAGGACUGACAGAAUUAAUGCAGCCUAAUUUUGAGUUGCUCCUGGGACCUAUCUGCUUGCCCCUAACAGAUCGCUUUGUUCAGAUCCUAAAGAUGGCACAGGCCACUUCAUGCCAAUACUUCCGAGAGGCAAUUCUCAAUGAUAUCAGAAGAGCCCGCAAUCAGUACACAGGCCAGGAGCUAGCAGCUGAAUUGACCAGGAUCCGACAGCGUGUUGACAACAUUGAAGUGUUAUCCCCUGACAUCAUUAUAAAUCUUCUCUUGUCAUAUAGGGAUAUUCAGGAUUAUGAUUCCAUUGUGAAACUCGUAGAGACGUUAGAAAAACUGCCAACCUUUGAUUUGUCUACACUUCACCACGUCAAUUUCCAUUACGCAUUUGCUUUAAACAGGAGGAAGCUUCCUGGAGACAGGGAGAAAGCGCUAGAGAUAAUGCAUCCUAUGGUGCAGAAUGAAGAUCAGGUGGCUUCAGACUUCUAUUGCCUUGUGGGAAGGAUCUAUGAAGAUACGUUUCUGGAUUCUAAUUUCACAGACAUAGGGAGCAGGGACAAUGGUAUUUUAUGGUACAGGAAGGCGUUUGAAUCUGAGCCAACACUUCAGUCUGGAAUUAACUAUGCUGUGCUUCUCCUAGCAGCUGGGCAUCAGUUUGAGUCUUCCUUCGAACUUCGUAAAAUUGGGGUGAAACUCAGCAGCCUGCUAGGUAAAAAGGGGAAUCUGGAAAAGAUACAGAGCUACUGGGAUGUAGGAUUUUAUCUGGGAGCCAGUGUAUUGGCCAAUGACCACACCAAAGUAAUCCAGGCCGCAGAGAGGCUUUUCAAACUGAAGACACCUGCAUGGUACUUGAGUUCAGUUGUGGAAACAAUUUUAAUCUAUAAUCACUUUAAAAAGCCAAACCAAGAGCAGCAUGGACCCAAACAAGAGCUUGUCGAUUUCUGGAUGGAUUUCCUUGUUGAGUCCACAAAUACGGAUGUGUCUGUGGUACGAUUCCCUGUCUUGAUCCUAGAACCAACAAAGAUUUACCAGCCAUCAUACCUGUCAAUCAAUAGUGAAGCUGAAGUAAAAACAAUAUCAAUAUGGCAUGUGCAACCUGAUGAUAAGAAAGGAAUCCACGAGUGGAACUUCAGUGCCUUUUCCAUCAGAGGUGUAAGCAUAUCUAAGUUUGAAGAAAGGUGCUGUUUCCUAUAUGUGCUACAUAAUUCAGAUGAUUUCCAGAUUUACUUCUGCACGGAUCGUCACUGUAAAAAGUUCUUUGAUAUGGUGAACAGAAUCACAGAGGAAAAUGGGAAAAACACGGAAGAUGGGGAAUGUGAAAGUGACUCUCUGGAGUUUGACUAUGAAUAUGAUGAAAAUGGUGACCGAGUGGUUCUGGGUAAAGGUACUCAUGGAGUGGUGUAUGCUGGGCGAGACCUAAGUAACCAGGUCAGAAUAGCUAUUAAAGAGGUCCCUGAAAGAGACAGCAGGUAUUCACAACCACUUCAUGAAGAGAUUGCUCUACACAAACACCUGAAACACAAGAACAUUGUUCAGUAUUUAGGAUCAUUCAGUGAGAAUCGUUUCAUUAAGAUCUUCAUGGAGCAGGUCCCAGGAGGAAGCCUUUCUGCUCUACUAAGGCAGAAGUGGGGCCCUUUGAAGGACAAUGAGCAGACAAUUGGCUUUUAUACCAAACAGAUUCUUGAAGGUUUGAAAUAUCUUCAUGACAACCAGAUAGUGCACCGGGAUAUUAAGGGAGACAACGUGCUGAUCAACACUUACAGCGGUGUGCUAAAAAUUUCUGACUUUGGUACAUCCAAGAGGCUUGCAGGAAUCAAUCCAAACACAGAGACGUUCACUGGCACUCUUCAGUACAUGGCUCCGGAAAUAAUUGAUAAAGGACCAAGGGGAUAUGGGAAGCCAGCUGAUAUUUGGUCUUUAGGAUGCACAGUGAUAGAGAUGGCAACUGGCAAGCCUCCUUUCUAUGAACUGGGUGAACCACAAGCAGCAAUGUUUAAAGUUGGCAUGUUCAAAAUUCACCCAGAAAUCCCAGAAUCUAUGUCCACAGAAGCCAAGGCGUUCUUAUUGAGAUGUUUUGAGCCAGACCCUGUCAAACGUGCCACUGCUGCUGAGCUCCUAGUAGAUGACUUCUUGAGGGUAUCCAGCAAAAAACGAAAGUCAAAUCUCAAAAUAUCAGCUCUUUCACCUGGAUCAAAUGAAUAUCUACGUAGCAUAUCUCUACCAGUCCCAGUGUUGAUCGAAGAUACAAGCAGUAGCAGUGAGUACGGCUCUGUUUCACCAGACACAGACUUAAGGUCUGACCCAUUCGUCUUCAAAUCAAGGGCCAAGUCUUACAUAGAGAAGGAUGGGAAAAUUCAAAGAGCCCUUUUCUUAGGUAUCCCCGAUGAGAAUUUUGAAGAUCACAGUGCACCCCCUUCUCCUGAGGAGAGAGACUCUGGAUUCUUUAUGUUGAAGAAGGACAGUGAAAGGAGAGCUACACUUCAUCGGAUUCUAAAGGAAGAUCAGGACAGGGUGGUUAGGAACCUUAUGGAAUCAUUAGCGCAGGGACCAGGAGAAGUGAACUUAAAAUGGGAUCAUAUAUAUACCUUAGUGACCAGCCUAAGAGAGUUUGUGAGAUCUACUGACAGGAAAAUCAUUGCUACCACUCUGUCAAAACUGAAGCUGGAGUUAGACUUUGACAGUCAUGCCAUCAGUCAGCUCCAAGUUGUGUUGUUUGGCUUUCAAGAUGCGGUCAACAAAGUCCUUCGAAACCAUAAUAUCAAGCCACACUGGAUGUUUGCCUUAGACAGUAUCAUUCGGAAGGCAGUACAGACAGCUAUCACCAUUCUGGUGCCAGAGUUGAGGCCUCAUUUUAGCAUCACAUCAGAAAGUGACCCAGCAGAUCAAGAAGACAUUGAGGUGGAGGAAGACCAUAAUGAACAGACAAAGGAACAGACCCUACAAAGACCAAAUGCAGUGAAUGAGGACACUGUGCACACCUCAGGCGUGAGCACCCUUAGCUCCACCGUAUCCCAUGACUCACAGAAUGUUCACCGGUCACUAAACAUGCAGCUUGGGAGACUAAGGAUAGAGUCUAACAGGCUUCUAGAAGAGUUGUUACACAAGGAGCAAGAAUUCCAAGGUCUGCUGAGACAGGCGAUUGAAGAAAAGGACAAUGAAAUCAAACAGCUUCAGCUCAGAUCACAGCCAAUAAAUAUCCCAGGUAUUUUAGUGUCUCACACCAGACCAUCCAUUACGCUCAAUGAAGAUCUGGAGCUUGUUUCCUGGCUAAGAGAGCUAAGAGUGGAUGAUGAUACAAUUGACAAGUUUUUAGCCGAAGAAUAUCAACUUGAGGAUAUUUUGUGGCACAUUACACGGGAUGAUUUAAAAUCUAUGAAUUUAAGAGGAGGAACGCUCUGUACAAUUUGGAAGGCAAUCAAAGAUCACAGAGAAAAUGAGCCUUCCCAAUGAAUGGACUUUUGCAGUAUGGUUUCCCAAGCCUGCAGCCUUGAGCAGAUAUCAUUGUGGAGUCACAUGAGCACUUUAACCCACUGUAUGUUUACCAAUGUGAAAUCAUUCUGGUUCCUUUAACAACAAUGUGAUUAUGCAGCCCACCAGGGUGACAAUGACGGCCUUUUUUCGUCUUCAGAAUGGAUGCAUGGUUCUUUCAAUCCAUUCUUCACAGUAUCGCGGACUGCAAGGAAGUUCCAUAAAAGUGUAGCUUUACAACGGGACACAAAAGGAAUUGAUUUUCCUGAAGGACAAA